GUGGACCUGCACGGGGGAUGAGAGACAUCCAUUACACUCUAAUACACUCGCCACACACACACACACACACACACACACACACUCGCUGCACCAGGGGAGAGAAGAAAAGUCAAUUAAGAAGAGAAAGUAAAGAAAAGAAGAGAAAAGAAAACAAGAGAGGAGAAGAGACACGAAGAGAAGAGGAGACGAAUGAAGAGGGGAAAAAAACAGGAAUGAAAAGAGGAGUGAAAAGAAAAUGGGAAAAUGAGACGAGAGGAGAAAAGGAAGGGAAGAGGAAAAAAAGAAAAGCGGAGAGGAAAGAAGAGAAGUGCGAAGAAAAAAGAAGAGGAGGUGCGAGGAGAAAGGAAAAAAAUGGGGGAAGAAAGGGAGGAAAUGAAAAGAAGCUGGGGGAAGAAACAGAAAUAAAAGGAGAAAACAACGUGAAGAGAGAAGGAAAGAGAAGAGAGAAGGAAAGAGAAGGAAAGAGAAGGAAAGAGAAGAGAGAAGGAAAGAGAAGAGAGAAGGAAAGAGAAGGAAAGAGAAGAGAGAGGGAAAGAGGAGAGAGAGGGAAAGAGGAGAGAGAGGGAAAGAGAGGGAAAGAGGAGAGAGAGGGAAAGAGGAGAGAGAGGGAAAGAGAAGAGAGAGGGAAAGAGAAGGAAAGAGAAGAGAGAGGGAAAGAGAAGGAAAGAGAAGAGAGGGAAAGAGAAGGAAAGAGAAGAGAGAGGGAAAGAGAGGGAAAGAGAAGGGAGAAGGAAAGAGGAGAGAGAGGGAAAGAGAAGGAAAGAGGAGAGAGAGGGAAAGAGAAGAGAGAAGGAAAGAGAGGGAAAGAGAAGAGAGAGGGAAAGAGAAGGAAAGAGGAGAGAGAGGGAAAGAGAAGAGAGAGGGAAAGAGGAGAGAGAGGGAAAGAGAAGAGAGAGGGAAGGAGAAGAGAGAGGGAAAGAGAGGGAAAGAGAAGAGAGAAGGAAAGAGGAGAGAGAGGGAAAGAGAAGAGAGAAGGAAAGAGAGGGAAAGAGAAGAGAGAGGGAAAGAGAAGGAAAGAGAAGGGAGAAGGAAAGAGGAGAGAGAGGGAAAGAGAAGAGAGAAGGAAAGAGAGGGAAAGAGAAGAGAGAGGGAAGGAGGAGAGAGAGGGAAAGAGAAGGAAAGAGAAGAGAGAAGGAAAGAGAGGGAAAGAGGAGAGAGAAGGAAAGAGAAGAGAGAGGGAAAGAGAAGGAAAGAGAAGAGAGAGGGAAAGAGAAGAGAGAAGGAAAGAGGAGAGAGAGGGAAAGAGAAGGAAAGAGAAGAGAGAGGGAAAGAGAAGAGAGAAGGAAAGAGGAGAGAGAGGGAAAGAGAAGGAAAGAGGAGAGAGAAGGAAAGAGAGGGAAAGAGGAGAGAGAGGGAAAGAGAAGAGAGAAGGAAAGAGGAGAGAGAAGGAAAGAGAGGGAAAGAGGAGAGAGAGGGAAAGAGGAGAGAGAGGGAAAGAGAAGAGAGAAGGAAAGAGGAGAGAGAGGGAAGGAGGAGAGAGAGGGAAAGAGAAGGAAAGAGGAGAGAGAGGGAAAGAGAAGGAAAGAGGAGAGAGAAGGAAAGAGAAGAGAGAAGGAAAGAGGAGAGAGAGGGAAAGAGAAGAGAGAGGGAAAGAGAAGGAAAGAGAAGAGAGAGGGAAAGAGAAGAGAGAGGGAAAGAGAAGGAAAGAGGAGAGAGAGGGAAAGAGAAGAUGAAUGCGUACGUCUGUACAGGAUGAUGCUGAGUGAUGGAGCCAAGUGGCGUGUCAUCAAACACUCAGCUUGCUUGUGUGUGUUUGUAACUGUGUGUGUGUGUCUGUGUGUGUUUGCAACUGCGUGUGUGCGUGUCUGUGUGUGUAAAACUGUGUGUGUGUGUGUGUGUGUGUGUACCCGCGGUGGAGGUCGAUGCGGACGCAGGCUCGUCCCUCGCUGUCCCAGGCGCAGUACGGAUCUCGGGACAGCCAGCAGUCCGGCUGAGAGUGAUAACGACUGCAGUUAGCCAAGGGCAACUGCAACACCUCCGACCGAGAGCCGAUAUACAAACUGUCGACUGGUUGCGGCCAAUCAAACAGCUGGAUUUCCUCGAUCACAUGAGCCUCAGAUCCGACAAUCGCCACUCGCUGGAGCCAUCCAUCAGCUGGAGGAGAGAGAGACGGAGAGAGAAAAACAGAGAGAGUGAGACAGAGAGUGAGACAGAGAGAGAGACAGAGAGAGAGACAGAGAGAGAGACAGAGAGAGUGAGACAGAGAGAGAGACAGAGAGAGAGACAGAGAGAGUGAGAGAGACAGAGAGAGAGACAGAGAGAGAGAAACAGAGAGAGAGACAGAGAGAGAGACAGAGAGAGAGACAGAGAGAGAGAAACAGAGAGAGAGAGACAGAGCGAGUGAGAGAGACAGAGAGAGAGACAGAGAGAGAGAGAGACAGAGAGAAAGACACAGAGAGAGAGAGACAGAGAGAGAGACAGAGAGAGUGAGAGAGACAGAGAGAGACAGAGAGAGAGAGAGAAAAAGAGUGAAAGAGAGACAGAGAGAGAGAAAAAGAGAGAGAGAGAGACAGAGAGAGAGACAGAGAGAGAGAGAAAAAGAGAGAGAGAGACAGAGAGUGAGAGAGACAGAGAGAGAGACAGAGAGAGAGAGAAAAAGAGAGAGAGAACAUGUAAAUUCUGCUUUCAUGCAAAUACCGCUGCUGAGGAUCAUGUACAGACGUUCAGUGCAUUUUAAUGAUCUUCGUACAGACGGAGCGGAGAGAGAAAGAAGCGGAAGAGGUCACGAGGGAGGAAAAGAGCCGAGAGAACAGAAAGAAAGUUUUUACGCUAUUUUUAACAAUGUUUAUUGCUUUUUUUUUUAAUAAAGAAGUCAUUUCACUAGAUUGAACUUAGUUCAGAAUGUACAGAUCUGUAUGUGUAUAUUUGUCACAGUGUGUGUGUGUGUGUGUGUGUGUGUGUGUGUGUGUGUGUGUGUGUGUGUGUGUGUGACUGUAUACUGUAGAUCUGCAUGUGUGUACAUUUGUCUCAGUGUGUGUGUGUGUGUGUGUGUGUGAGAGAAAGAGAGAGAAUGUAUAGAUCUGUAUGUGUGUAUAUCUGUCUGAGUAAGUGUGUGUGUGUGUGUGUGUGUGUUUUGUACCUGUGUCGAUGUAUCUGUAUACAGUUUGUGUAUUUAUACUAUAUUUGUCUGAAUGUGUGUUUGUAUUAAUAUACAGUUUGUGUUUGCCUGUC